GGCUCAAGCGCAUUUUUCACCGCUCUUUGGGUCGUCCUUUGUCGUGCCAGUCCCGCUCAGAAGAUGUCGAAGCAGUUCGCUCUGCUGAGUGCCCUGGCAGUGCUCACCUACCUCAGCGUGAGCUUCGUGGCCCCGGUGCAUCCCAGUCCCUCCUCCACGGUGUCCGUUUCCUCCACGGCCACGGCCACGGGGGCCACCGCGCCGCAAGGGGAGUGGAAGGGCUCGGAGUUCGCAGGCGCGGCCCUAGGCCUGUGCUUUGGUGAGUUCGUCGGGACGUAGUUCAUUGAUGUUAGAUAUGAUGUUAGUGUUCUUAGUUUAUCAUGAAUUGCAUGACUCUGAAUUACACGGGCCGGGGCUCCCAGCAGUUUUGUUUAGUUUUACCCAGAAAGCAGCUCGGCAGGCUCUGUGUAUGGCGUUGCACUUGUGGCCACAGCGGCUGGGGUCUUGAAAGUCUUGGCCCGUCCCAAGCGCUCCAAGAUUGCCGCCCGAUCUGCAGCCUUUCAAGCUUCUGCUGGCUCCGUGACCAUGGAGGAGGUGAAGGGCGCCCAGCGAGCCUGGGCAGAUGCCAUCAAGAGGAUUUCCAAAUGCUACUUGGAAGGUGGGGACUAUGUGGCAAUGGCGGGUCAAGCCGCUGGUGAACUCUACGGCUAUGGCCAUGGGAAGGUGCUCUUCAAGCCAACCAAAGCUGCGGAUGUCCAGUUCCGCCCCGAGGCAGGCCAGGCCAUGUCCUACUUUGUCGGAGCUGAUGCCGUGCCUGAUGGAAUUCCUGAAGAUCAUGGCUUUGCAAUCAACGGUGGACAGGGUUGGUCAGAUGUGCUCUUUGACAACCACCAGAUCGACUUGAACGGGGAUGUUGCCAUUGCUAUGGGCAACUACUUCUUUGCCAGCGCCAAGGAUGGAAGCAUCAGCAAGGUGGAGUACACCUUUGGCUACAGGAAAUGCCAAGAUGGAAAGGUUCGCAUUUGUCUCCACCACUCGUCUAUUCCAUAUCAGGGAGGUGUGAAGGCCGCACCUGCCGCGACAGGCUCCGAGGGCUUUGCCGCCCCGGCUCCUGCCCCGGCAGCUUCUGCUCCCGUGCCGGUGGCGGCUGCCUUUGUGGGAUCCUCCGCUCAGAGUGGCGCCCCUGUGCACCAUUCCGUCGGCUUCGCCUAUUCCGUGCAGAAGGAUGCCUAUGUGGACUUGACUUUUGGCAAUGAUGUUGGCUACUUGCCAGAUGGAACACCCAUGAAUCGCGCGGGCAACUGCAUCAAUCAUCCGGAGACCAUUGGACCAGACCCUCAUGCUCCAGGCUCCGUCCUGCCCCGUGCUUUGUUCGUGAAUGACGUGGGGUACUUGCCGGACGGCACUCCUUUGAACACCGCAGGAAACAACAUCAACCAUCCGGAGAACAUUGGACCCGAUCCUCAUGCUCCUGGUAGCGAAUUGCCCGCCUCAGCCUACGCUGCGGACGUGGGAUAUUUGGUGGAUGGCACACCCAUCGACAAAGCCGGCAACAACACCGUGCACUAAGCCAUCUCCAUGGUCUCCGCGCACUGUUGCUGUCGCACAGUGACACAGUGCACGACGACCCAGCCGACUAUUUAUAUAAGGUAGCAGAGCUAGGCUCACCUCAUUGCUGCCGAGAUUUGCUCCACUUCUUUGAUUUGUUUGCAUUCAAGAAGCCACAGGUGGAGCAGAAU